AUUCAUUUCCUAUGGUGAAGAAUAAACUGUCUGGCGCCCACAUUUUCUUUGACGAUGAUGUCAUUGAUGUUGCGUAUCUCUUUUUGAAGAAACGAACAUUCAAGCUAUCCGUCUUCCAAGAUUGAAACACUCGAGAACACUUGUACCAAGUUGUGUGAAUGUGCCAGAGAACUGGGUUGAAAAGUAACACAAGCUAAACACAGACGAAUUAGAAUUCAUCAUCUGCAGCACACCAAUCAAUUUUCCAACUUUUCUUUUUCGAAGAAACGAAAGAUUACGCGAUGCCAUCAUAAGGAAAGCCUUAUGCACUAUCAACGACAGUGGUAGCUUGUUAAUGACGAGGAUGCCAUGAAAUAUUACGCAUCGCGGACCUCAGACCGCGCUUUGGGUAGAGACUCGUGUUAUAAUAAUAAUAACGAUGACAAUACUAACGAUGAUGAUGAUGAUGAUGACGACGACGACGACGACGACGAUGAUGAUGAUGAUAAUGAUGAUGACCCUAUAAAUUAUGUCACAGAUUCACAAUGGGGAAUAGGCUAAGAAUUGGGUAGCUGUACGCGCAGUUAAUGACGCCACAAAAGUGAACCUAAAAGCUUCGAAAAAACUAGUAGUGUAUACAUGGGAAGUGAGGGCAGAUAAGGGGAAGAUUGCAUUUUAGAAGAAAUAAAAAGAAGAUCAAUCGAACGAUUUAAAAUUGAUGGAAUUUACAAAAUUUAUAAUAUUAGUUACCGAGGAAAUCGAGGCUCCAAAAGCGAAUAAUACUCCAGCAGUUAGAUUCAGGCCAAGUUGUGAACGGAUCUAUCAACGUCCAAAAUUAUGUUUUGUUUGCUUCAAAAUGUUCGUGCUACUAUUUUUUGCGAGAACUGUCGCUCUGGACUUCUCGCAAUUCAGCGGAACGGUAUAAGCGAGGUGUCAAUGAAGGUACUUGUAAGUACGAGUUGAAGGGGGCCCAUGGCCCUUGGAGGAAGAAGGAAAAGAAGAAGAGGUUUCCGUGUCCCGGCCGGUCUGCCCACCCCACGACGUUGUACUAUUUCCGAAAGCUGAAGGCUAUAGGUAUGGGAACGGCGCGGCACCUGUUCACAGCCCUCUGCUUCUCGACGCUCUUCGCGGCGGCCAUCCAGGAAUGCAGAGAGGUGUACAGAAGCCGGCGGCCCACUCACACGGCCUGCAGGCCUCCCAACAAGAACUGCACCAUCUGGAACAGGACGGUCACGGCGCGGGAACGCCGCCUGAUUCUCGAGACUCACGACCACUAUCGCAGCACGGUUGCCCUGGGAAACCUGCCGGGCUUUCCUCCAGCCGCCGACAUGAGGAAGCUCGAGUGGGACGACGAGCUGGCGUCCGUGGCGCAGGCAAAGGCCGAGCAGUGCACCGACCCCAACGGUGACGCCUACCACGACCGUAUGGCCGACCGGUUCACCACCCGGUUCAACCGCACCGGACAGAACCUCGCCUGGAGGGGGAGGAACUUCCCAUUCAAGUCCAGCGACUGGGCGGGUCGCAUCAAGAGCUGGUUCGUUGAGUACGUCGACUACCCGCCGGUGAACGUGAGCCGCUACAUGGCCGGUCCUCAAACGAUGGUGGGCCACUUCACCCAGGUUGUGUGGGCCAAGACCGGCUACGUUGGCUGCGGCUUCAUCGAGUACGGCAACGUACUGUCGACCAACCUCACGAACAUGCAGUACUACGUGUGCAACUACGCCGUGACCGGAAACACGUGGAACAAGCCCGUGUACCGCGCCGGCAAGACGUGCUCCGCGUGCCCCAAUGGCACCGCGUGCGUCGUGGCCACGGGACUCUGCUCCAGGACGAUCCCUAGGAAGCAGAAAGGAAAAGAUGGCGGCCGUGACGUCACGACAAGAGCGCCCGUAACUGGAAAGAAGGAAGACGGCGGCCCACUGCCGGAAGCAUAUGGCAGCACUAAACGAACGACUGGCGGGAAAAACGAGAAGAAUAGGAAUGCCACGUCCAAGGAAAAUCGCGCCGGGAAUUCUGGCGCGUACCAAUUGUUACUCGCACUGAUUGCGCUAUUGGUUCUUUUGAUUUUAUUAUUUCUUUUAUUUGGAGCACGUAGAUCAACGGAAGAGCGCAAUAAAACGGCCUCGUAGGCUAUUUCGAGGUUAAGGACGGAUAACAAUAAAAGUCGGACCUGAUUAAAGACGUGCAUUUAAAAGUUGUGAUAACUUGUGAAACAAAAGAGCCUAUAUUACAAGGAAGGUACGCAUUUGUAAAGUGCG